AUGAUCCGAGUGCUCCUCCGCGCGAGACUUCGCAAGUACCGUCAAAGGAUUGACCAAGAAAAGAUUGGAUGCUGUGAACUCAUUGGCGAGAUCGGUAAAAAUCUGCUCCUGCAGAGGGUGGCUGAACAAGCCCGCAAACAGAGAGUGGUACGCGACGCAGCACUGGAGAACAAAUUCCGAAAGUUGCCCAAUCCAACUUCGUCCAGAAACGACAAGCUGGUGCACAACCUGUCUUCAAAGGAUCUGACGAAGGAUCAGAUGAAGGUUUUACGGCACAAAGCUUUAUUCAGCACGGCUGACGCCAAACCUGUUAACAUGAAUGCAGCAGUUGAAUCAAUCCUUCGUCAGACGGAAGCAAUGGAGGAGACUAAGAGCCUUAUCCGACACCAAGUGUCGUUUCUCCUAAUGGCCCACAGGCCGCGGGAAGUGCUUUCCAAGGUCGAACGUGGUGUGCUUAGACAACUCAAGACCGACAAAGACCUAGUCAUCGUGACAGCGGACAAUGAACGCUCCACGGUUGUACUGGACAGGACAGACUAUCUUCAAAAAGCCAAAGGUUUACUGGAGGGCCGACAGCUCUAUGUCCCAUGUGCAACGAACCCUGUAAAAUCGCUGACACGCGAAAUUAAUGCUACGUUGUCGGUCUUGGAGAACUCAGGUGCAAUAACACCGACCGACAGACGCAUGGCGAGACUCCAAGAUGCGACAUUGUCACCUAAACUACAUCUUCGGACGUAA